CCCACACACACACUCUGACGUAAGCCUCUACACUGCAGCCCUGUUCAACAUUGCAACAAUACAAAUCCCCUGUGAGCAGGUAGUCAGCAUGUUUGCCCACAUGUUGGCCCUAUAGCGUAGCAGGCUGGAUAUUGUAGUAAUUUACAAUUGAGUCGUGACCUCUCGCGUUCUUACAUCAUAACGAGGAAAACCACGUAUCCCAGCAUGACUUUCUUCAGCCAUUUAGUUACCCAAUGGAUGCUCGGUGCGCUUAUUCAGUGACCAAUCGGGGGGUAGCCUAAUCUUUUAAUUCUAAGAGUUAAAUACCACGAAAAACGUUUUAUCAGCGCGAUUUACAUCAAUUACUUUAUUAGCCUAGUGUGGGAAGCGCUUGUGCGAUCUGCAAAGCUUCAUUUUGGUCAACAAGUGGUUGGCUCGAUCAACAGAGACAGAUUCCAGGUUUUUGUCAGCACACAGGGGCAGCAGCUCGACAUGCUAUCGGGUAUGCGGGUCUGUGUGCCCUCCGCUGCAGCUCUAUUCAGCUCGUUGUGCCAUGGCUGUCGCAGCUGGGCACGUAGUUUGUCAUUCCGGGGUUUUAGUUGGUCGCCCCGAAAGAUCAGCCGGUGGAACAGUCAAGAUUCCAUUGACCUACCUCCUGCGGAGAACCCACGAAUUCUCAUCACAGGUGGCCUUGGACAGUUAGGUGUGGGGCUUGCAGAAAUCCUGAGGAAACAGUACGGAACAGAAAACGUUAUCCUAUCGGAUAUCAAGAAGCCUCCACCAGAAGUGUGCAGAAGUGGCCCGUUUGUGUAUGCUGACGUGUUGGACUAUAAGAACCUCAGAGAGUUGGUGGUGAAUAACCGCAUCACCUGGCUGGUGCAUUACAGCGCUCUACUCAGUGUUGUGGGAGAGGCAAAUGUGGCCCUGGCACGCAAGAUCAAUAUCACAGGGCUUCAUAAUGUGCUGGACCUGGCUCUAGAGAGCUGUUUACGUCUCUUUGUCCCCAGCACCAUCGGAGCCUUUGGCCCUUCUUCUCCCCGUGACCCUGCACCUGACCUGUGUGUCCAGAGGCCUCGCACCAUUUAUGGGGUUUCCAAAGUGCAUGGCGAACUGAUGGGGGAGUAUCUUCAUCACAAGUAUGGACUGGACUUCCGCUGCCUACGCUAUCCUGGCGUCAUCUCAGCUAACACACAGCCUGGGGGAGGAACAACAGACUAUGCUGUCCAGAUUUUUCACGAUGCCCUCAGCACGGGUCACCACGAGUGCUAUUUACGCGCUGACACGCGUCUGCCGAUGAUGCAUGUUGGUGACUGCCACCGUGCGACUGUGGAGUUCAUGCAGGCCCCGGAAUGCCAACUGUCGCUGCGCACAUACAACAUCGAUGCCAUGAGUUUCACCCCUGAGGAAGUGGCCACGGAAAUCCGCAAGCACCUGCCCCACCUCAAGGUCACCUAUAACCCUGACUCUGUCCGCCAGACAAUUGCGGACAGCUGGCCGGUGAGGUUUGAUGACUCCAACGCACGGAGAGAUUGGGGCUGGAAGUCGACAUAUGGGCUUGAGGAGCUCGUCUCAGACAUGCUGAGCUCCAUCCGUAACAAGAGGACCAACGCCGGACUGCCAGUCAGCUAGCAGGUCCCGCCCACAGAGAGUGACUUACCAAUCACUAUUCCCUUAAGUCCGCUUCAGCCUGGGUCUGCCUAUCACAACAGACCCUCUUUCCUUAGCAUCAUCUCCAAACCAGGACUCUUCUGUAAAUCAGGAUAACAUUACACCAAUAAACCAGGGACUAUUUUCAAACCUGUCAUCUUCAGCCAGAACCACUCAACUUUCCACAACAGUGGGCACUGACACCACAGACACACACACCCCCCCCCACACACACACACACACACACACACACACACACAAACACACACACACACACACACACACACACACACACACACACACACACACACACACACACACACACACACACACACACACACACACACACACACACACACACACAUAAGUAAGAGGCAACAAGCACCCUCUCAUAAUAGCAGCUUUACUCUUUUCAGGGAACCAUACUGUCAACCAUUCUCUUAUGUUGUGACUGUCUUCAGUUUCUGUUUUAAAUGUGAUAGAGAAUUUUAAUAUCAUAGCAGGUUUAACAUAGGCCUUAAACGUCUGGGGGAAAUAGGCUUCAGGCAAAUUAUUUUACAUAUAGUUAGUCAUAACCCUACCUUCAGUUUCCAGUAUCUCAAGGGGUUUAAUUUACAUUUUACAUUUACAGUACGUCAUUUAGCAGACAGUCUUAUCCAGAGCGAUUUACAGUUAGUGCAUUCAUCUUAACAUAGCUAGGGGAGACAACCACAUGUCAUAGUAAGUACAUUUUUCCUUAAUAAAGAAGUUAUCAGCAAAGUUAGUGCUAAUAGGAAAUGUUCCUCCUGGCCUGCUGUAUUAGGGUAGUAUAGAGGGCACAGUGAUUUCCUUCCUGGCCUGCUGUAUUAGGGUAGUAUAGAGGGCACAGUGAUUUCCUUCCUGGCCUGCUGUAUUAGGGUAGUAUAGAGGGCACAGUGAUUUCCUUCCUUGCCUGCUGUAUUAGGGUAGUAUAGAGGGCACAGUGAUUUCCUUCCUGGCCUGAUGUAUUAGGGUAGUAUAGAGGGCACAGUGAUUUCCUUCCUGGCCUGCUGUAUUAGGGUAGUAUAGAGGGCACAGUGAUUUCCUUCCUGGCCUGCUGCGUUAGGGUAAUAUAGAGGGCACAGUGAUUUCCUUCCUGGCCUGCUGUGUUAGGGUAAUAUAGAGGGCACAGUGAUUUCCUUCCUGGCCUGCUGCGUUAGGGUAAUAUAGAGGGAACAGUGAAAUGACACAGGAGCAGUGAGAGAUACAGGGACAACUAUCAGAAGAAAUAGAAAUUCCACAACGUUUACAAAAGGCCUGCCUUUACAACACAACUUCAGUACAUUUUCAAACAUCUCCACAUUUCUUUACAGUCAGUGUGAUUUUGGGUACCAAAUAAAUUCAGAAUUGAAGCCUUAUUUUUAAUUGACAACUAAUUAGAAAUAUAUUUGUGAGUAAUGAACAAAAUUGCAGUGUACUUUUGAUCAUAAAUUGAAUAAAUCUCUUAAUUUGCUCA